AUGGCGGCCAGGACUACGCUUUUCAUGACACCGGAGGAGACAGAGCGCGUGCAAAGGACUGCUCAGGAUCAUGUAGGGAAAUGUCAAGCGCAAACUGGCCAGUUGCGGGAGCCCGAAGACCCCAAAUCUUUGGUCCAACAGGCGGUUGGGAAGUCCGUGAUGGACGACUUUGCUGCUGCGGCUUUUGGCCUGGGAACAGCACCAAAGGAUAAUAGUCAAGAAACUAUGCCCGCAUAUGCUGUUGGCUGCCCAUAUUCGCCUUGCACGGCUGAUUUGGCAGAUCUGGAGCCCAUGAAACUGUCAGACCUCCGCAUGGAGACGCAUCAUCGUGGGCGAGUGAUCUCUCUCCGCCGCAUAUCCCCAGUGGUCAAAUUGAAGACGUCUUGCUGGGCUGUUGUACAGGGAGAGGCCUCGGACGAGGCAGAGCGGUUGGAACUGUUCUUACACAACUCAAGGAACGGCCAGGAUAUGUUGGAUUCAGGCUCGAUAUUUUUAGUGAAGGAGCCUUACUAUACCCUCAACAACCAGGGCGAACCAGCGAUCCGUGUCGACCAUCCAUCUGACAUUAUUAUUUUAGCUUACAGCGAUGGGCCGUCAUCGUGGCGCAAUAAAGACAGCAGCCAUUCAAGUAGCGUAUCUAAACCAGCUAGCAAGUGCAAGGAAGAAGGAAACGCGGCUCUUGGAAAGAAAGACUACUGGAGAGCCCACGCCUGUUAUGCAGAAGGGUUGAAGUCAAUCCCGGAGAAUGAAAAUGGCACCCUGCGUAAUGACAUCUACCGGAACCGCUCUUACGUCAAUCUUCUCCUUCAGCGCUUUGACGAGGCAAUAGCUGAUGCACUAUCAUCCCUCACAAAUGGGGCGGACCAGGAGCAAAAACUUUUGGACGCAAAGGCUUACUCCCGUGCUGGAAGCGCUGCAUACGGCUUAGGUAACUUCGAGGCAGCCAGGAACUUUUUCGAGCAACAGGAGAAACUUGAACCUGAUAAUAGAUUGGCAAAUAUUAACCUACGGAGAAUCAAGAUGCGCCUCCAAGAGAAGGAGACAGGGGAAUACGAUUUGAAGAAGGUGGUUGGAAGUCUACCGAAGACUCAGGGCCGGGCCGACGUUGCCAGUUUCAACGGACAUACGGAGAUUAGAGAGAGCCCGGGAGCUGGGCGCGGACUUUUUGCGACUCGUGACAUAGACACGAACGAGGUCAUAAUGUAUGAGAAGGCUCUCUGCGUUGUCUGGAGUCACGAUCCAGAAGCAUUCUCGUGUCUAACGGUUGAUCUCCGGGAUAACGCCGCUAUCAGGGUCUUCCCCGCCGGCUUGCACAAGGCCUUGGUACAGAAGCUGAUGAAUAACCCCUCACAAAUCGAGGGCGUCCUAGAUCUCUUCGGCGAUUACAAGGGCCUUGGAAACAAGCUUCACGAAAGUGAUGGCAGGCCGGUACUCGAUACCUUUCAAAUUCAUGAUAUUAUCCAACGGAACGCCUUUGGCCCUGGUCAACAGACCGAAGAUGAAGAUAUAAGCAACGCUAGCACCGGCCUCUGGGUUCGGGCAGCGUAUAUCAAUCACUCCUGUGUCUCAAAUGCAAAGAAGGAUUACGUCGGCGACCUCAUGAUCCUCCGCGCUACCCGUAAAAUCGCUGCAGGUGAGGAAAUCACACAUAGCUAUGACGAGUCUAGCGAUUACGACGCUAGAACUGCAGCACUCAAAAGGACAUGGGGUUUCAAAUGCCAGUGCAAGCUUUGUGCUGCGGAGGAAGAAGAUGGUCCAGACGUACGCAAGCAACGCCAGAAGCUCGAAAAGGAGAUAAACACGUUCUUGCAGAAAGAAAACCCAUCGCAGGCAAAGAAGGUGGCGGCCAUCAGAGCUAAACGCCUCCGCCAGAAUCUCCUGGAUACUUAUAAUGAACAGAGAUACAAGGAUCUCCCUCGUAGAGCUCUUCUUGGAAUUGAGCAGUGGCUUCAAGCAGCCCUAAUAGUUAGUCACCCUUGA